UCUGACCUCGCUAGUGUCGUCUUCACACAGUGUUGGUGUCUGAUCCAUCCUGGAGUGGCUGUGCGCUGAAUCUGAUGCAGCUGAGCUUUCAGAUGAUCCUCUCCUGCUGGAAUCCGACCACAGCAGUGCAAAAUGAAGGGGGUCCUGUUUAAAGUCUUCUUCUUCUCCCUACCAAGCUUAAAUAUGUUUCUGUAAAUACAUCAAUAUCCCUCCAGAAGGGAAGUUAAGCUGCUGAAGCAGGUGAAAUACAAGAAAAUGCUGUCCAGAAGAUGUUCUGGUACAUAACAGAGGUCAUCUGGUAUGCUCAACAUGAACACAUCUCAGAGACAGACGCAGAAAUGCUGCAAGAAGAGAAAUCAGUAUAGCUUGGAGCCAUAUAACUGCUCAGAGUGUGGGAAGAAUUUUAUUGACCAGAGUGCUCUCAAAAGACACCAGCGCAUUCACACAGGAGAGAAGCUGCAUCACUGCUCAGACUGCGGGAAGAGUUUUAAUCGACCGAGCCAUCUCCAACACCACCAACGUAUUCACACAGGAGAGAAGCCGUAUCACUGCUCAGAGUGUGGAAAGAGCUUUAAUCAACCGAGCCAUCUCCAACAACACCAGCGUAUUCACACAGGAGAGAAGCCGUAUUACUGCACAGAAUGUGGGAAGAGUUUUAAUCGACAGAGCCAUCUCCAACACCACCAACGUAUUCACACAGGAGAGAAGCCGUAUCACUGCUCAGAGUGUGGAAAGAACUUUAAUCAACAGAGCCUUCUCCAACACCACCAACGUAUUCACACAGGAGAAAAGCCGUAUCACUGCUCAGACUGUGGAAAGAGUUUUAAUCGACUAAGUACUCUCCAACAACACCGGCUCCUUCACACUGGAGAGAAACUGUAUCACUGCUCAGAGUGUGGGAAGAGUUUUAAUCGACAACGUGAUCUCCAACCACACCAGCGUAUUCACACAGGAGAGAAGCCGUAUUACUGCUCCGAGUGUGGAAAGAAUUUUAAUCGACGAAGUACUCUCCAACAACACUGGCGCAUUCACACAGGAGAGAAGCCAUAUCACUGCUCGGAGUGUGGAAAGAGUUUUAAUCGACAAAGUAAUCUCCAACAACACCAGCUCAUUCACACUGGAGAGAAACUGUAUCACUGCUCAGUGUGUGGGAAGAGUUUUAAACGACAAAGUGAUCUCCAACGACACUGGCGCAUUCACACAGGAAAGAAGACAUAUCACUGCUCAGAGUGUGGAAAGAGUUUUAAUCGACAGAGUACUCUCAAACAACACCAGCUCAUUCACACAGAAGAGAAGCUUUACUGCUUGGACUGUGGAAAGAGUUUUACUGAACAGAGUAAUCUCAGACGACACCAGCGCAUUCACACAGGGGAGAAGCCGUAUCGCUGCUCAGAGUGUGGGACGAGUUUUACACAUAGUGGUAAUCUUAAAUCACACCAGCUCAUUCACACAGGAGAGAAGCCGUAUCUCUGCUCAGAAUGUGGGAAGAGUUUCAAUCGACAGGCUAAUCUCAGAGAACACCAGCGCAUUCACACAGGAGAAAAACCGUAUCACUGCUCAGAGUGCGGGAAGAGUUUUAGUGUACAAAAUACUCUCCAAAAACACCAGCGCAUUCACACAGGAGAGAAGCCAUAUUACUGCUCAGAGUGUGGGAAGAAUUUUACUGAACAGGGUCAUCUGGAUCAACACCAGUUGAUUCACACAGGAGAGAAGCCGUAUCUCUGCUCAGACUGUGGGAAGAGUUUCAAUCGGCAGGCUAAUCUCCGAGAACAUCAGCUCAUUCACACAGGAGAGAAGCCAUAUCUCUGCUCAGAGUGUGGGUUGAGUUUUACUGUACAGAGUAACCUCAAAACACACCAGCGCAUUCACACAGGAGAGAAGCCGUAUUACUGCUCAGAAUGUGGGAGGAGUUUCAGAUGGAAGAGUAAUCUCCAAAGACACCAGCUCAUUCACACAGGAGAGAAGCCGUAUCACUGCUCAGACUGUGGGAAGAGUUUUAAUCGGCCGAGUCAUCUCCAACGCCACCAGCUCACUCACACAGGAGAGAAGCUGUAUCACUGCUCAGAGUGCGGAAAGUGUUUUAAUCAGCAGACUAUCCUCAGUCGACACCAGCGCAUUCACACAGGAGAGAAGCUCCAUCGCUGCUCAGAGUGUGGGAAGAGUUUUACUCAGCAGAGCUCUCUCAAAACACACCAGCGCAUUCACACAGGAGAGAAGCCGUAUCACUGCUCAGGGUGUGGCAAGAGUUUUACUUCACAGAGUAAUUUCCAACAACACCAGCUCAUUCACACAGGAGAGAAGCCGUACUACUGCUCAGAGUGUGGAAGGAGUUUUACUCGACAUAGUGUUCUCAAAAGACACCAGCAGAUUCACAAAGGGGAGAAGCCGUUUCACUGCUCGGAGUGUGGGAAGAGUUUUAAUCAACAGAGUUCUCUCAUUAGACACCAGCAGACUCACAAAGUAGAGAAGCUGUGUCACUGCUCAGAGUGUGGAAGGAGUUUUAAUAGGCAGAGUUCUCUUGAACGGCACCAGCUUAUUCACGCAGGUAUCAGACCAUAUUUUUGUUCAGAGUGCGAAAACAGUUUUAAUUUUCUGAGUCAUCUCAGAACACACCAGCGCGUUCACACAGGAGAGAAGCCGUAUCACUGCUUAGAGUGUGGGACGAGUUUCAAUCAACAGAGUUCUCUCAAAAGGCACCAGCGCAUCCACACAGGAGAGAAGCCGUAUCACUGCUUAGAUUGUGGGACGAGUUUUAAUCAACAGAGUACGCUCAAAACACACCAGCGCACUCACACAGGAGCGAAGCCCUAUCACUGCUCAGAGUGUGGCAAGAGUUUUACUUCACAGAGUAAUUUCCAGAAACACCAGCGCAUUCAUACGGGAGAGAAGCCGUAUCACUGCUCAGAGUGUGGAAGGAGUUUUAAUUUACACUUUAAUCUCCAACAACACCAACGCAUUCACACAGGAGAGAAGCCGUAUUACUGCUCAGACUGUGGGAAGAGUUUCAGGCAUUCCUAUGCUAUGAAAGUACACAAGUGCACUAGGAGCAGUGGGGGAAAUAAGCAGGAUAAGAGUGUAAUCGUAACACAUUCUGGGAAUAGCGGUUUGCAGGGAACGUCUUUCCUGCCCUGAUGUAUAAAAUUCUGUCCUUUGCUGUUUCUGAUACAAGAAAUAUCUUAUUAACAGUGUUACAAUAUGAUGUAAACAAUUGAGAGGUUCUGUAUUCAGUAAUACAUUGUUUAGCUUCUAAUGUAGUGUAGUCUUUCUAUUGCAAGGAUGGAAGAGUUGAAAAACAUUUGAUAGUGUUCUUGGCUCAGUGAGUCCCUUUUUUGCUUCUUUGAAUCCUGCAUGUUAACUAGUUAAUAUUAAUGCUGCUAAGAAACAGAUAUGAGCCCUGAAGACUGCAAGUUUUCUGACAUCAAUUUGAGUGAGGUACCGGUGACCUUUCCUCAGUAUGGCCUGUUCUUUGUGGCAUAAAGUCGCAUACAGGCCAGGUUACAACUCAUUCAAAAACUUUUCUUUACUCUUCUCAGAGAUUAUAAGGACUGUUGAUGGUCUUUGCAAGAGAAUGAUUGUUCCUUGAUAAAGGCGCUGUGACAUGAUAAGGACUUUGUGGUACAGGAGUUUGAACUGUAGAAAGGUGACUCAUUUGUGUUUCCUUAGUCGACGCAGCAAUGACUCCAUGUACAAUUUUGUUUCUGAACCAAUCCAGUUCUGCAUAGUAAUAGUUUUGAUUUGUGAUGAUGAAUCAAGGUGUAUCCAGUUGUAUAUUUAGAUUGUCUGAUAUACAUUGGGGAAGGUGGGGAAGACACCGGUGGGUGUUUUGGUUGCUUUCUUUAAGCUUUUGUUUAAUUAAGGCUAUGCAUGCAAUGUUAUGUGUGUUGUGAAUGUGUAAAUCUGUUGAGUUUAUUUUCUUGCAUAUUUUUUUCCUUUUAAAGUUUUUUUUAUGGUCCUGCAAAUAUAAAAAAUCCUUUUAAAUUUUAGAAACUGUUAUUUUGGAAAUCACUAACUGGUUUUCUGUUUAGUUUUUGCUGUUUGCUUAAAUAGUACGGAUGUACUGCCAGCCAAAGCGAACUUAAGAACUGAGAAGACCUGGUCUUCUUGGAUCUCAGAAGCUAAAUCAAGUAAAAGCUUAUAUAGUAUUGGGUAAUUUACCACAGCAUGACAAUGAUGUUGAAAAGAAAUGUAUAAAAGUAAUCUCGGCACCAAAUAUCGGCUAUUUGUGUCUUUGAUUAAUAAUAAUCGCUAAUUGGUCAACCCCUAAUUCAUAUAUGUUGUUUAGUAAUUGAUUGUAUAGUACUUACAUGUUAAAAGUAAUCAGUCUUUCCAGCUGUUAAGACCACUGUUGAACUGUGGCUCAGGAGACACUGAGCAGCAAAUCUAGUUUUUGUGAUCAAUAGUUUUUGUUAUUUUCUUUUGAAAAAAAUUCAGUACCAAACUGUGUACAUAGCCAGGGCCUACAGGGGAAAAAAAAAAAACAAAAAAACCUCACAUCGGAUUUGGUCUACCGUAAAUCAGUAGGUACGGGAUAAAAUGACCCAUCUAUCCCCAACACGGCAGACAACCUACAGAUACUGAACCACAUAUUCCAAAGCUUCCCCACACCAACAAGCCUCUAGAUGCCUCAUUGCUAUAACUUAAGUUACACUAUGACAAUUUUUUUAAGAAACACUAUGAUACGAUUUUGAUGAAGUCAAAAGGUUAAAGCUAAAAGCCUAUCAAAAUCACUGCCCAGUCUCUAAUCAGUCUAGGCUUGGCUUUAAUGAUCCUAGCCAUCCUUUUAAGAUGACCUCCUGGCUUAAACCAUGAUUUGGUUUCCACUUGUUUCUGGCAGCUGUUUGAAGCUGUGUGUAAAACUGUCCACUGACUUAUAGUGAGAUUGAGAAGAUAAUAAUAACAGUUCAUUAGACCGAGGUUGGGUUGCUUUAGAAUGGUUUUAUUACUUAAAGUUGACACCACAUGCAGAACCAAUUCAUUAACACAAUAUAGCAUCUAGUCUUAAAACAUGCACAAAAGUACAAAUAAAAUGUUGUAAUUGGAAGUUACGGGAUAAGUGAGCCAGUUAACUACAGUUAAAAGAAGAAACUACUCCCUUUGAAUUGUGUCAAUCCAUAAAUUAACGUUGGCUAAUUUUAAAGUUCCAUGGAACACCAUAUGCCUGUAAAGCGAUUUUUAACCAUAAAUAUAAAAAGUAAGAGUGGCCAGGAAGAUUGUAUGAUUCUUUUAAAUCCUGAAAAGUCUGUACAUCUUGAUUGUUGAAAAUAUUCCAAUUAUGAUUAUGAACUCUCUUGCCUCUUGUUUGGUUGAAAGUAUUGUUCCAUAUUGGAGAUUCUGCUGAGAAUUUAAAUGGACCACCCAUAAAUUUACUGACGUCUUGCCAAACAAGAAGAGAAUUUGGA